AUGUAUGCUGGAGUGAGCGCGGGAAACUGGAAUGAAGCGUUGAAAGUUGCAACCGGUUCAGGAACCAUUUCUCACUACUUCAAUCUACACGUGGUGGUUCCUUCUGCCUACAUCCUGGGCAGUGGAGAGUAUCACAUAGGAGAAGGCAGCACCAUCAGCCUUGUCUGCAUCAUAGAAAAUAGCCCGCAACCCCCACAGUACGUGUUCUGGUACCAUAACGAGCGUAUGAUCAACUACGACACGGCGAGAGGCGGGGUCACAGUGAGCACGGAGCCUGGUCCAAAGACGCACAGCCGCCUCGUUGUGAAUCGGGCUACACACGCUGACUCGGGCAACUACACUUGUCGAGCCUCCAACACCGAGCAGGAUACUAUCUAUGUAUUCGUCUCCAAAGGUGGAGACAAUACAGCUGCCAUCCAACGCCAAGAGAGCGCAGCACCAUCACUGUCACCCUCUCUGUCGCUCUACAGUCUUCUGUGUCUCACUCUCUCUCUCUUCAGGUAGUGGCUUAAUAAAACAGCGCUCUCAUUCACGCCAAUGGAUGAGAGCCAAUUGAGAGCAGAGAGUAAAUGAGAGAUUGGAAAGAGCAAAAAUUAAAUUGAGAGAUUAGAGAGGGAGCACAGAGUAAAUUAAGAGAUUGGAGAUAGCAGAGAGUAAAUUGAGAGAUUGGAGAGAAGAGAGAGUGAAUUGAGAGAUUGGAGACAUGCGGUACUAUGAGGGGUUGCAACGUUGCCGGUCUCAAUGCAGGCUUCAGUUGAGAACAAAACCUACUCCUUCCAAGAGAAUAUUUGGAAGAAUACAAUCGAUUCAAGCCUCCAUGGGAAAAAAGGGAAAUCAACAGUCCUCUGAAUAUAUUCUGAUCUCUCGAUUUCAACUAACAAAAUUAAGAACAAUGUCAACUCUAAGAACAAUCUCAACAACUCUUAGAACAAUCUCAAUAACUCUAAGAACAAUGUAUACGUUCUGUGUACAGUAAAUUGUUCCAGUUCCAAUCGUAAAUUGUUCCAUCACGUGCAAAAUGUUCCCAUGGAACGCCAUUUCAAAAUCGUUGGUUCAAGCUUUUGGCGCGCACUUAUUAAGAAGUUGAUUUACACUAAAAUGUGUCGUUUACUUGCUGCGUGAAUGAAGGAAGGCUGUUCUACAAACUUACCGUCUAGAAAAGUGUGCAUUCCUUUUAUUCCAUUACUCUCA